AGCGGACGUUGUGUACGCGUGUGUCAUGUGAUAACAAGUUUAUAAAUUCAUGAAUACGUAACAAUGGUUUCGAAGAAAAAAACACCAGUCAAUUGUGAAGACGAUCUCUCCGCUCCGAGCUCUGUGCAAUCACUUGAUAAUAGUUAUGAAAUAUUCGGCAGUGAUUGUUCUGAUUUUUAUGACGUACAGUGCGAUGAUAAGAGACUGAAAAGCAAUAAACAUAUAAACGCCACCUACGUCUCAUCGCCGAACACUAAUCACAGUUUCUGGACCGACAUGGACCGGCUGGAGACAACUCCAUUACUGUCGACGUUACGGAAAACGACUUACGACAAUCAACCAAACAAAGAACCUAAUGAAUUAACAUCGAGUAGAAUUAUAUCAUCGUACAAAAGAAUCGAGAAGGCAGCCAAACCCGAAAGAAAGAAACAAAGUUCCUUAGUCACAAUAUUCUCAGUAUGGAACACAAUUAUGGGUUCCUCUUUGUUGACGAUGGCGUGGGGUGUGGAGCGCGCUGGUCUGCCUGUGGCCCUCGUGUUGGUAGCUGUCAUGGCUGCUUUGUGCUUGUACACGGCUUACGUGUUGCUACGAGUCAACCGUGACCAUGGUACAGCGACGUGUGAGGUACCGGCACUGUGUCGGGUGCUGCUCGGCCGCUCGUCAGAAGUUGUGGCACACGCCUUCAGUCUGGUGGUGUUGCUUGGAGCCAACAUUGUCUACUGGAUACUAAUCACCAACUUCUUGUACUUCACUGUCAACUACUUUGCUGAUCUCCGCAAUACACACACACCAGUUUCCAACUUGACGUUGCUGUGUCCAUCCAAAGAUGGUGUGAACAGCUCCCUCAUAAUACCGGAGCCUGUUAUCACCUCCACCUAUUGGGAUUUGCACAGCACUGUGCCAAUAUACGUGGCCUUCAUCGUGUUCCCACUGUUGAACUUCAAAAAUGUCACUUUCUUCACCAAAUUCAACUCUCUAGGUACAUUAUCUGUGGUGUACUUACUAAUAUUUGUAUUAACAAAGGGUUACACGUGGGGGAUCCACAUGAAUAACAUGGUGAUCCCAACGCAGGUGGACAAAAACGCGGCAGUACUCAGCGGAAUGUUAGCGUUGUCUUUCUACAUACAUAACAUAAUUAUAACAAUUAUGAGCAACAAUGCGAGACAAGAGAAGAAUGGUAGAGAUCUUACAAUAGCGUUUGUUCUGGUAACACUGACAUACACAUUGGUCGGCGCUGUGUUCUAUAUCUGCUUUCCAUUGGCCAAGUCUUGUAUAGAAGAUAAUAUUUUGAACAAUUUCGAGAUGCAUGACGUGAUGACUGCCGUUGCAAGAAUAUUAUUACUUUUCCAAGUGGUGACCGUUUACCCCCUAGUAGCGUUCAUGUUGCGUUCCGAAGCAGUGCUACUGUUGCCAUUCACAUCUACAAGAUGCCUGACAAUCACCAUCAACAUUGUCAUAGUCAUCACGUGUAUACUGGUUGCCUGCUUCUGUCCUAGUAUCGGGACUAUCAUAAGGUACACAGGAGCCGUAAGUGGUCUAGUUCACAUCUUCACUCUGCCUUCCCUGCUGCACAUGCGUUCCUUACAUCUUCGGGGACAACUAACCUGGUGGAAGACCCUCUUCUACGGUCUUAUUGUUGUCUUUGGCGCUAUCAAUUUACUGAUGCAAUUCUUUAUUGACGAAUAAACAACUUGUAAAUGUAGAUUCUAUCAAGAAGAUAAUUCUUGUGGUGUUUUAUGGAUAAUUACAGCCCCAGAUGUGAACUGAAGUAAAUGCAAUCUUAUAAGGCUAGAAGCCAGGUCCGUAAAAUUGACGUUGUUAAUAAAAAAACAAAAAUCGUGUAAUGGUAGACGGGGUACUCAAAAACAUUGUCAACUGUCUACGUAAUAGUGAAAUUAAUAAUGGACAUGCCCAUAUUCGCUGGGUUUUUUUAAUCCAACGUGGCAGUGGACGCCGCCAUCUUGGAUUAUAUUGGUACCAAAAAUACGGGUUUAUACUUAGCUUGGGUAUCAGGUAACAAUGUAUAAUUUCAAAAUUGGAAUUGGAAAAAUAAAUUAAUAAUAUUAUAAUAUACCUAUCUAGUCAUAUUUUAUAAGUUAUUUCUAAAUGAAACCAAAGAUAGUUUUUAUUAUUCAACCUGUAUAAUCAACAAAAAUAAAAGGUAACAAUUAAACUUAAUAUUAUUGUAUAACAAAGAAUUGUAAACACUUUUAAUUGCAUUAUUGUAUUAAAAUAAUAAAGAAUCAUUAAUAUUGUCUUUGACCAAUAUCAUUUUUUUUAAAUCUUAUUUUUAAAUAUACUUCAUAUAUUUAACAAUAUUAUUAUUGCAUAAUAUCAUGUUCAUGUAUACAAAAUAUCUAAAGAAAACAUACAAUACCAAUUCUAUUUUCAUAAGUUGUGUGACUGUGAUAUAUUUAAAAGAAAAUUACUGUACAGUAGAAUAAAAAGGAAAACGUGAGAAAUCGUAAUAAAAAAAAACAAAAUCAAUAAAAGAUUAGAAAGAAAAAUGCACUUGUAAAUUCAUCAGUUUUCUAGAACUAUCUUUUGUUCGUUUCCAAUACUCUAAUACCAUCCUAAGAUAAUGUAUCAGAAUUCAAUGGCGAAUAUUCAGUGGGUUGGAUUUCCGAACGAUAUAAACAUUUUAUAUAUACAAAUAUACAUACUUAUUGAAAAAUAUAAUUUUAGUAUAAUAUCUAACAUUACAUAUAUAUUUUAGUUAAAAAAAUAUAAAAAUAUAUAGCUACAAACAAAGGUUGAUACCAAAUUACGUCACAAUAACGUUUAUAAUUUUACAAUAAUUUUCUCAUUUAAUAUACAAUAGGUAUUCAAAAUAUAUCUGUAAAGAUGAAAGCUAUUUUCUUUUAAUAUAAAAUCAUUGAGUAUUUAUAAAGUCAAGUAAUUUAUUUUUUUCACUUAGCCUC